UCUUUAUCAUUGGGAUUGCUGAUAAGCCGCGCAGUUAAUGAAAUCUCCAUAUUUUGUUUAAUUUUUGUGUCCAUAUUAUUGACGUGCCUAUCGAAAUCUUGACCCUUAUCAGUACCACAACGUGGAGCUAUCGACGACCCCUCUGCUCUUAGUUUCGACUUCAACUUUGCUCCCACUCGCUAAACGAGUUUUGCUGUUAAUCGAAAAGACCUUGAAGAUUCAUUGUAAGUGAAUCGAUCAUGCCGGGUUGUUAUUUUGUAGGUGUCGACGUCGGUACUGGUAGUACCCGAGCUGCUUUAGUCACCGACAAUGGACGGAUUGUCAGUACUCACGUUCAAAACAUACAAACCUGGAAUCCCCAGCAGGAUUUUUACGAACAGUCAUCCGAAAAUAUCUGGAACGCCUGCGUCACAUGCAUUAAAAAAGUUGUAGAAGGGGUGAACCCCGAAGAAAUCAAAGGUAUAGGUUUUGACGCCACUUGCUCAUUAGUUGCUUUAGACACAUCAGGAAACCCUUUAAGCGUUAGCCCUACAGGCCACAAUGACCAAAACGUUAUCUUGUGGAUGGAUCACCGCGCUGCCAAAGAGGCUUCAAAAAUCAACGCCCUCAACCACUCCGUCCUCAAAUACGUGGGGGGCAAAAUCUCGCUAGAAAUGGAGACCCCGAAACUCCUCUGGCUCAAAACCCACCUCAAAACCCAGUGGGACAAAUCUGGGUUGUUUUUCGAUCUCCCUGAUUUUCUUACGUGGAAGGCUACAAACUGCGAAUCGCGAUCCCUAUGUUCUUUGGUUUGCAAAUGGACUUAUGAAAUCACCACCGACGGCAAGGAAGGGUGGAAUUCGCAGUACUUCCAAGAUGUAGGUUUAGGGGAUCUACAAGCGAACAAUUGGCGCAAAAUCGGAACGAAAGUACUACCACCUGGUAGUCCUGUUGGGGAUGGUUUGUCGCUAAAAGCAGCCGGAGAGCUUGGUUUGAAAGUUGGUACUCCUGUUGGUACUUCAAUUAUAGAUGCUCAUGCUGGUGGGCUAGGGUUGGUGGGUUGUCGCGUGCCGAAUAUCAGCGAGGAUUUCAGUACUCGAUUAGGUUUAAUUUGUGGCACUUCCACUUGUCACAUGGCUGUGUCUGAUGUACCAGUUUUCACUCCUGGAGUCUGGGGGCCGUACUACAGUGCGAUGGUACCGGGGAUGUGGUUGAAUGAAGGAGGGCAAAGCGCUACUGGGAAGCUUAUAGAUCAUGUGAUAGACUCGCACCCUGCGACGUCUGGAAUUAAGGGAAAAAUCGGCGAUAUGCACAUUCAAAUCUACUUAAGCGAACUAUUGAAAGACUUGGCUAAGAAAGCCGGUCUUGACGAUGAAGCCUACUUAACUAAAGACUUGCAUGUGUGGCCCGACUUCCAUGGAAAUAGAUCACCAAUAGCUGAUGCAACCCUUAAAGGAACGAUUUGCGGCCUGACUCUCGCCGAAGAUGAGGAAAGCUUAGCUUUGUUAUAUCUAGCCACAGUUCAAGCUCUGGCGUACGGUACUCGCCACAUCCUCGACGCCCUCAUCAAAUCGGGUUAUUCUUCCAUACAGUCCAUUCUCAUAUGCGGCGGUUUAAGCAAGAAUCUCUUAUUUACCCAAACUCAAGCCGAUGUCGUGAAUCUACCAGUUAUCUGCCCAGAUGAAGUGGAAUCUGUUCUUCUAGGUUCUGCUAUUUUAGGCGCUUGUGCUGCCAGUUAUUUCCCAGAUAUGAAUUCCGCUGUAAAGUCCAUGGGUGGCGAAGGAAAAAUAGUACGUCCUAAUUCAGCAGUGGUGGAGUACCACAAUAACAAAUAUAAGGUGUUCCUGAAGAUGUACGAGCACCAAAUUGAAUACAGAAAAAUUAUGAGUAAAAACUGAGCAAAUUUGAA